AAAAAAAAAAAAAUUUCAGAAGCGGCAUGAAUAUAUAAACGAAAAGGAACACAAACGAUUUGGUCUUUUUUUUUCUUGGUUCUUUUCAACGAAUACUUUCACUCUUUAUUAUUUAACUUUCAUCAUGCUCGCCGACACAACCAAGUUGACUUCGUGUUUUCUCAAGCAAUCGAUUACUAAAAAGCGGAAAGCUGUACGCUUCAGCUGCAAAGAUACAGUUCGAUUCACUCACAGCGCCGCUGAAUACGACCGGUCGUCCAUGACACACACUUUCUAUACGUUCCGACCCCCGCCACCGGUUGAGGCUUGCAAGUCGCCACGCUCAGCAACCGUGUCACUCAUGCCAAGGCCCCGGAUCGCUCCGCUGGAUCUGUCCAUUGUUCCGAAUGCGUCAAGGCGGACACCUGCAUGGCAUACUCCCACACACGCUGUCAAAACAAAACCUAAAUUGCAAAUCAACACAGAAUCUAUUGAAGGACCCUCUUUCUUCACCCGAUUAUCCACUCAUUAUCGAUGCUUUGAUGAAGACGAAGGUAACAGCUUCCUUGUCUCCAUUGCCUCGCCGUGUCCGCCCACCGCUUGCUCCACUUGUUGAAUAUUUUCAUUGUUCCAUCUUGUCCAUACCGCACAUAUAAAAUGCACACAUACCCACACGUACAAAGCCCCUCAUUUAUACAUUAUCAUAGUGGAUAUUAUUAUAUUUUUGAAUACUGUAAAGAAAAAAAUAAAACAAAUUGGCA